AUGUCGACAAUUUCGAUUCAUCGGACUGAGCUGCUAAGAAUCACGCACAAUCGGUUCCGGCAGAGACAUCGGAGAACUAUUCCUCCUUGGAGAAUGACGAUCAAUUCCAGAUCUUCUGAUACGUCUAAGAAGGAAGACUUAUCUGUACAGAUUUCAAAAUCGUCUGCGAUUCCUCAAGUUGAUCAGCUAAGACCUGAUGGUUUGAGAUUCGACCGCUUGCAGCCUCCCGAGCCGGAGUCUGUUCACCAAGAUAGAUUGGAAUUUGGUAGAUUCGUAGCAAGAGAGGCCAUGCUUGACGAAGAAUACUGGACAGCAGCUUGGCUACGUGCAGAAAGUCAUUGGGAAGAUCGUGGCAAUGAAAGAUAUGUUGAUAACUUCAAAAGGAAAUUUGCAGAGCAGGAGUUCAAUGCCAUAAAGAGAAGGUGCAUAGGGCAGAAAUGCUCCUGUAUCGUUGCGGUGAAGAAGGAAGAGAGGCACAUUAAACGUUCAGUGAUCAAAAGUGUGGUUGGGACGCUUGAUUUGAGCAUUCGGUUUUUCUUGCAGGGAGAGACCUUUCCUGGGGAAAAGGUAAAGUCUCAAUUGUUCUGCAGCAUAAACCGGGAAGGAUCAAGUAGGUAUGGUUAUAUUGCUAAUCUAUGUGUUGCGAAAUCAGCACGCCGCCAGGGCAUUGCUUGCAACAUGUUACGUUUCGCUGUCGAAUCAGCCAGAUUGAGUGGAGUUGAACAAGUAUAUGUUCAUGUACAUAGAAACAAUUCAGUUGCUCAGGAACUAUACCAGAAGACUGGUUUCGAGGUAAAGAAUCUCAAAUUCAUUACCCUGAAAAUUGAUGUUUCCUGA